AUGGCUGGCCUGGGGCUGCUGCUGCUGCUCCUGCUGCUGUCCCCACCGUCACUAUGGGCCUCCUCGCUGUCACAGCCAGACACCCCGGAAGGCAACGCCACCAUUGCAAGCCUGAUCCUGUCCGCACUGGAGCGGGCCACUGUCUUCCUGGAGCAGAGGUUGCCUGAACUCAACCUGGAUGGCGUGCUGGGCUUCCGUGUGCUGCAAGAGCAGCUCCAAGGCGCUCAGAAGCAGUGGGCGGGGGACCCCCGGCUGCAGCUGCUGAGUGUGCGCACGCAACGGCUGGAGAGGAAGCUGGGGACCCUCCUGCGCAGAGCCAUUUCCUACCUGAGGCAGAGUGACCCCAUCUACCUACAAGAGUUCCAGCCAACCAUCCUGCCUGGGUUCUGGAAGCUUCCCCAUACCUGGACCCACACCACCGCCUCCAUGGUCUACCCCACGUUCGAGCCCCACGACUCCUUCUCAGAGGACCGCAGUGACCAGUGCCUGGUGCAGCUGCUGGGAACAGGGACAAACAGCAGCCAGCCCUGUCAGCUCUCGGACGCCUGCAGGACCCUCAUGACCAGGCAUGGCUGCUGGGACUACUGCCUGUCCCACCAACUGCUCUACUUCCUCUCCGCCAGAAUGGUAGGGUGCACGAAGGGGCUGUUCCGCCACAGCCAGCACUACUUGGACGUCUUCUGUGCCAACAUGAUGGACCUGAACCGCAGAGUUGAGGCUGUCGGCUACGCCUACCCGACCCGGGACCUCUUCAUGGAAAACAUCAUGCUUUGUGGCAUCGCUGGAUUUGCUGACUUCUACAAGCUGCCCUGGCUGGAGGCCAUUCUCAGCUGGCAGAAGCCGAGAGAAGGAUGCUUCGGGAAGCCUGCUCCUGAAGAAGACACAUUAUUUCAAGCCACUCAGCACCAACAGCAUUUUUUGAGAAGAGUGAAGAGGCGAGAAAAAGAGUUUACAGGUAAUGAAAAGACCCAGGGGACUUUCACGGCACAAAAUGGAAGCGCCCCAAUGAGGCGGCAGGAGCCCUGGUGA